GAACAGAGCAUGCUGUUUGCAUUCACAAGUAAGAUGACAAGGAUGUGGCAGCUCUUGCUCCUGUGGUGGUCAUGGAGUCCUCUGUGUCUGCCAUCCAGUGUAAGCUUCAUUGGUACACCACAACAGUGUCAGGAGGCUCAAUUUGUCCCUGGUUACAAUCUGGGUGGAGAAGGCUUCGACAUCGUCACAAUGAAGCGGAAAGGUGCCUAUGUCAUCGACACUGAAACAUGGAAGCUUGGCAAUGGCACUUGCAGGCUAUUCAUUAACAGCUACAUGGAAGGAAAGAAACAGAAGGUCCCAGCUGCUGUAGUGGACUGGAGAACCCUCCCCAAGUGCAAUUCAAUGGUCUCCAGUGUAGUUUAUGGUUCUGUUGAAACUCUUGUCAAUGAUUCCACCUCAUCUGUUUCCAAUGAUUGGAAAAUUGGCCUUAAUGUCCCUGUCAAUCCUACUACCACUGUUAAUGUGGGCUUAGGAGGUUCCCACUCUAGAGAAUCAGCUUUUGGCAUGAAAAAGUCAAAAGAAGACCACUAUACCUUCCUCAAACAUUCUGUCCACUGUGACUUCUACCGUUACAGAAUGGCAACAAAAUCUCCCCUGAGUCAUGACUUUCAAUCAGCUGUCAACUCCCUUCCUUCCUAUUCAUGUAAAACUGCACCCUCAUAUCGUAAUCUGAUUGAUACAUAUGGUACACAUUACAUCACACAAGUGUUUCUAGGAGGGGGAAUGAAGGCAGUCACUGCUGUCAGGACCUGCCAGGCAACCAUGAAUGGACUGUCAACAACAGAAGUCAAUGACUGUUUGACAGUUGAGGCCUCAGUAGGAUUUGCUAAAACUGCCAGUAUUGAUUCCAUGGUAAAACACUGUCAGGAGAAGAAGAAGAAGUUAAACCAUGAUCAGAGUUUCAGCAGCACGUUUAAUGAGCGAAUCACAGAGGUAAUUGGUGGAAACAUUAACGGAGCUGAUAUCCUCUUUCAAGGGCAAUCAGACCCCUCUGUCUAUAGCACGUGGAUUAACUCACUGAAAAACAUACCUGAUGUGGUCCAAUACAACAUAAAGCCUCUGCACAUCAUACUGCCAAGGGGUCAUCCAGCCAGUGCCGGACUGAAACAAGAGGUGGAGAAGUACAUCAAGGAAAAUGCUGUGUUGAAAAAAUGCUCAGAAUCCUGUCAAAUUGGGCAUACAUCUAACAAAAGGGAUCCUUGUGCUUGUGUUUGCAACAGUAAUCAGAAUAUCAAGUCAAACUGCUGUCCUGCUGGUAAAGGUCUUGCAACAUUAACGGUUUUCAAGCUUUAUGCAGAUGGGCUGUAUGGUGAUAAGUGGACGCAGACAGAUGGUUCAGUGGUAGUUAAAUAUGGUGACCAGAUAAGGCGCACUGCCAUUAUAUCAAACAAUGAUAAUCCUAGAUGGUCAGAGAAAUUUAACUUUGGACCCAUCGUCAUCAAUAUGAGAAACAAGCUUGAGUUCAGUAUUUAUGAUGAGGAUACCUACUGGAAUAGUGAUAAUCUUGGUCAAUGCUCAAUUAAUCUGCGCAGUGGGAUGGUGAGUGACAGCUGCAUGUUAAAUGAUGGUACCUUCUUCUUCUCCUACAUAGUAGAGUGUGCACCACGUCUUGGUGGUAACCAAUGUCAAGAAUACAUACCCUCCCCAUUGAGUGCUUCUCUGGCCAAGGUCUUCCACACCAGAAAUGGGGUCCUCGUUGGAGAAACUGGCGAGCAGUGUGCUAAAUCAGUCACUUGAGGCCAGCUGGUGAUGUGAGAUGCAAUGGGAGAUUUAACUGGAGAUUAACCUUUAUGAUGGAUACUUUGUCAGUAGGUGAUAGUGCCUGUUUUGGUUUUACAAUGCCUGUUUUUCAUUUCAUGUGCUUUUAACUUUCAUGUGUACCCAUAAUUUUCUUAACAAAUAUAUUUGUAAAUCUUCCAUAAUCCAGUUUUUAUGAUUUUGUUCUUUGUGAUGUGUGUAAAAACAACA